AUAACACGUAGCCGUUGGGUUCACUCCUGCUAUUCCAGCGCCUCCACUGAGUUCCCUUCGGGUCGCCUUCGUGUGCAAUGGACGGCAUUGUCCAAGAUAUAACAGUUGGUACAAAGCGGGGAUCUGACGAGCUUUUCUCUACUUGUGUCACUAACGGACCUUUUAUCAUGAGCAGCAACUCUGCUUCUGCAGCCAAUGGAAAUGACAGCAAGAAAUUCAAAGGGGACAAUAGAAGUGCAGGAGUCCCAUCACGAGUAAUCCACAUCCGCCAACUGCCCAGCAAUGUCACCGAAGCAGAAGUGAUUUCCUUGGGGCUGCCCUUUGGCAAGGUCACAAACCUCCUGAUGCUGAAAGGAAAGAAUCAGGCUUUCAUAGAAAUGAAUACUGAAGAAGCCGCUAACACAAUGGUGAGCUACUACACAACAGUCACUCCAGUUCUCCGGAGCCAGUCCAUCUACAUCCAGUUCUCCAACCACAAAGAGCUCAAGACUGAUAACUCUCCAAACCAGGCACGUGCACAGGCAGCCUUGCAAGCAGUGAACUCGGUUCAGUCGGGCAACCUGGCCUUGUCUGCCUCUGCUGCAGCCAUCGAUGCUGGGAUUGCCAUGGCUGGCCAGAGCCCUGUCUUGAGGAUCAUUGUGGAAAACCUCUUCUACCCAGUAACCCUGGAUGUUCUGCAUCAGAUCUUCUCCAAGUUUGGCACCGUGCUGAAAAUAAUAACUUUCACAAAGAACAACCAGUUCCAGGCUCUCUUGCAGUAUGCAGACCCUAUGAGUGCUCAGCAUGCCAAAUUGUCCCUGGAUGGGCAGAACAUCUACAAUGCCUGCUGCACCCUCCGCAUUGACUUCUCCAAGCUCACCAGCCUAAAUGUGAAGUACAACAAUGACAAGAGCAGAGACUACACACGGCCAGACCUGCCUAGUGGGGACAGCCAGCCCUCCCUCGACCAGACUAUGGCAGCCGCCUUUGGUGCUCCGGGCAUAAUUUCUGCCUCUCCAUACGCAGGGGCUGGCUUCCCUCCUGCUUUUGCAAUUCCUCAAGCUGCAGGCCUCUCAGUUCCAAAUGUACACGGAGCUCUUGCUCCUUUGGCUAUCCCAUCAGCAGCUGCUGCCGCCGCUGCCGCAGGACGGAUUGCUAUUCCUGGCCUCACCGGGGCAGGGAACUCCGUUCUGCUGGUUAGCAAUUUGAACCCCGAGAGAGUUACACCCCAAUGCCUCUUUAUUCUUUUCGGGGUGUAUGGUGAUGUGCAAAGAGUGAAGAUCUUGUUUAACAAGAAGGAGAGUGCCUUGGUUCAAAUGGCCGAUGGCAAUCAAGCCCAGCUCGCCAUGAGUCACCUCAAUGGUCAGAAGCUGCAUGGCAAGCCCAUCCGCAUCACCCUGUCAAAACACCAGACGGUGCAGUUGCCCCGGGAAGGGCAGGAGGACCAAGGGUUAACCAAGGACUACGGAAAUUCUCCCCUCCAUCGCUUCAAGAAGCCGGGUUCCAAAAACUUCCAGAAUAUUUUCCCCCCUUCUGCCAUCCUUCACCUCUCUAAUAUCCCGCCUUCAAUAACUGAAGAUGACCUCAAGAUGCUGUUCUCAAGUAAUGGUGGAAUGGUGAAAGCCUUCAAAUUCUUCCUGAAAGAUCGAAAGAUGGCUCUUAUCCAGAUGGGAUCAGUCGAAGAAGCCAUUCAGUCUCUCAUCGACCUCCAUAACCAUGACCUGGGUGAGAACCACCACUUGCGCGUGUCCUUUUCCAAGUCCAACAUUUAAGCGCUCCAGGAAGCACGAUGGACCGGACUGCAGGCAAAAGCAAAAACCCACCACAGCCCCUCCCUUGGGGUUCAGCCUGGCAUCUUCAAGGCUGAACACCUGCUUGGGGUGAGACAACUUCCAUCAUUCCAGAAACAAAAGAAGCCACUUUAAAGAGAAAAAAAAGCAGCUGAAGUGACCUUAAGAGACAACAGAUUUUAUUUUUUUAAAGAGGAAAGCAGUUUACUGGGUUUUUUUAAAAAAAAUUAAAUCUUAAUUCACAUUGCUAUAACCUUUCUUGCAGCAUGUGGGAUUACAAUCUUGACUGGGAUGGGGUGGGGAGGCAUGGUCACAAGCAUAACAGUUUACAUUCUUAAACUGCUCUGGGAACAUUCCCCCUUUUCCUUCCCUCCCUCCAGAGUGUAAAAUGCAAAUACAGCACCCAGUCCCAGAAACCAUCUCGGCUUCACAGUAAUGCCUUUUAUCUUGUUCAGGCCUUGGGGGAAAAAAAACCAAGUUGUGCAUUCUUGAUUUCUUUUUUUAACCCUCCCAAGCACAGAUGCCUCCUUAGGGAGACCUGCUGUGUCUCCCUAAGCCUUGGAUCAAAUAUCCUGUGCCUUAGAAGCUUUAUGCUGAUGUUGGGAGGCCCACUAGUAAAAGUUGAAAGGACAGAGGAGUCAUCCUCAGAUGAUCACAUUGCAUGGGGAAGGGUGGUGUGGGCAACUUCCUCCCUCCUUAAGCAGUUGAGCCCCUCUCCAGAAAAGUGGGCUUAACCUGCAGAGCUUUUGAACUAGUUUCUUCAGUCCUUUGAGUUGCCAGGGGGAGUUGAUAUUAAAAACUUUUGGCCAGCCCUAGUGCUUUGCUCAGGGGAGGAGGAUGGGAGAGGGAAGGUUCCUCAUCCCUUAACCAUUCCAUUGUCGGCAGUAACUCUGAGUGGGUUCCCCACUGACUGCUUAAAAACACAAACAGUUUUCCCCAACUGUGGAAAUUGAGCCAAGAGUGUCAAAAUACGUUUGUACAAGGAGAGUCUGAAUUAUCGGUCUGUAUCCAGAUCAUCAGUUCUGGGCUCACACUUGGGUUGAUUCAAGUUGCCUUGCCCUCCCCUUCUGAGUUCAUCCUUAAGACCAGCAUCUCUGCUCUCCUAUUUAGUGACCUCAACUUUUUCUUUUAAUCUUUUUAUUACAAGUUUUUUUUUUUUACAAAGCAGUCUUUCUCUGCCUAGCAAUAUCUCCAGUUGACCAAAUAUUGUAAUGGGUUCAUAUAUAUGCAUAUAUAUAUAUGCAAAAAAUAGCUUAACUUUUUAUAGCUAAGAUGGUAUAAAUGUAUCUACUUACUCUUGUUCUCUUACCUUGUAUGCUGUAUUCUUGUAUUUUUGUUUUGUAAUCUGAAAAUAGUGCAGUAGUUGAGCCAGAUAAGGUCAUGGCUGGAGAUUAAUCUUAUAUGAUACGGUGAAGGAGUAAGUACUUAAAGCAGCAAACACCAGUUAACUCAAAAGGAGGAAAUGACCCAAAUUUUAAGGGUGGUUUUUACUUAAUCUGAGUUUAUUUAGUUUAUUUAAAGAGAAAUGCAACUUUUCCCUUCCUAAUCGUAUCUACCAUGCUAUUCCUCCUGUCCCUUUUUGUGCCGAUCUGCCUUCUUUGUUGUAUUCCAGAGUUGCCUUACUUCUGCCCGCUUAACUUGUGUGAGAUUUUAGAAGAACCAGAAUUUUGUACUUAAUAUCAGGGUUAUUUCUGCAAAAUGUGGACCAAAGUGUUUUUUUAAAAAAAAUGUAUUUUGGUGUCAAGUUGCGCCCCCCCCCCCCAAAUAAAUAAACGUUGGCUUGCAUAGGUAUUGAGGGGGUCAGGGGGAAGAGUCCUAACGCUACUUCUUAAGUCAAGUUCCUCCUUAACGUGAUGUGGGGGGGGGGGGCAUUCUUAUGCUGGAGGCCAGUGUGGUGAUCUGCAGGAAGGGGGGGGGCGUUCUGCUGGAGCUGUUUGUUCGCUCUCUGUAUCCUAGCCUAUCAUGGCUGCCCUUGUCAGGUCCUGAAAACCAACAAGGCAGCACUUUGUUCUCACUGCUGUGUCACCUUGCCUUAAUUUGACCACGUAGAAGUUCUUGAAAGACUGCUCCACACUGCAAGCCCAGCACUCGUUGCCGCCACCUGGCUGUCUAAGAUGAUGGCAGUUUUACAGCAAACUCGCCAUUUUGGACCACUGGCUGCGUUUUAUUUUUCCAAACACUGGCCAUGGAAGCAGCCAGCAUCUGACACACAUUCCUCCCCAUGCAAGCAAUCAGCGGGUGCUCACAUUUCCUCUUGGCGCUCCAUGUGCAUGGUCCACCCAGAGCAAUAGAAAGGUGGUCUGUCCACUUGAAGUGGGCCAGAGUUCUACAAGCUAAGGUUUUCUUGGCCUGUUGGACCCAGAUCAACUAUUAAUGUUGGUGGACAGGUUAGCGUCACAGGGGAGGUGGUUGAGUGACUCAUCCUCCCUCCCUCCCCAAAAAGAGUAAGGGAAGAUCAACUGCCACCCCAGGGUUUUUUUUUUAAAAAAAAAAAUCUUGACAGAACUUUGGUGAGACUGGUCAGACUUGAUCCUGAAAUCCACUUAGCAGGCCUUUCUCAGCAGCUCAUUGGAACGCAGCCUCUCUCUGCCGACGUUUUUCUGCUUGGAUUCCCUCAGCCGGCAGAUGAGAGGUGUGUGCUUGUUCUUGGCUUUUUGCAGGCGGCACAUGCCAGUGUGUUGCUGUUAACUCCCAGACCCAAGCAAAAUACAGGGAGGAGGGAUGGGCUCAUCUGUUUCUCUUUUUUUUUUGAUCCUGUGUGUUGCAUGUAAAUGUAAUGAGAAAAAGGUGUAAAUAUUUAUGAUUUUUUAUACCUGUUGUAAGACAUGAGGGGGCAGCAGAACCCAGGUUUUUACAGCAAAUGGAUGUAUUGUAUAUUUUGAUAACCAGCUAUUACAGGUUCAGUAUUGGGGGUGGGGGUGGGGGCUGAUUGUACACAAAACAUCAGAAUUCAUUGCCUGGCUAAAAGGAAUGUAAUGCAAAAAAAAGAAAAAAAUGGAAAAUUAAAACUAUUUUAUAAUUAAUCUUAGUACCCUUUUCUGUAGCAUUUAGUUCUUGACUUGUUCAGAUUGUAGAAAACAGUUGGUGGGCCUGUCUGUACUUCCUUUUUUGCUUUCACAAUAAAUGUCUUCUGUAUUCUUUG